AUGGUGGUGCAGGCGGAGAAGGCGCAGAUCUCCAUGUUUGAGAUCACCGUGUGGGCGUCGGUCGACUUGUCCUGCCUGCCCACGGCCUCGAUGCCCGCCUCCCUGAUGUUCCUGCUCAAGCUGAUGUGCAUCACGGACACGUUCAACGUGGAAGGCAAUUCUAUGGUGUUCAGGGAGCUGGAAGCAGGGGGCCAUGCGCCAGUCCAUCCGGCAGUUGUGCACGUUGUUCCGCAUCUAUUACCAGGGGUCCGUGCUGUUCUUUGUAACGCGCACGCUCGGCUCACUGAACCUGCUGAAGGCGCUCCAGGUGCCCCUGAUGAUGAGCAGGGUGGUCACUGA